AUAAACAACAGCAGAAUUCAGAGCUCAAUCCUAAAUUAAACGGAUGAAUUAUUUUUUUGUCAGCUGAUGUCAUGCAGUUAAACUCCCUUCCGCUGUCCUUUGGUAAGCUAAAUCCCUUUAUUAAGUACGCUUUAAAUACGUUUUUGGGGGGUGAGGGAAACAACUGGCUAUAUAGUACAUUUUUAAGGAAAUACUCAAGUAACUCAACCCAUCCUAGCAAACAUUUAGCAGCAUGUUACCUCAGAUGUCUCUGUCUUACCUUAUUUGAAGUUCCAGCCAGUGAGAGAAAUUGUUUUUUAUUCCAAAUUCAUUGAAUACGACGGUUAAAAACACUGUUACACAUUACAUGGCAGUUCCUAGAUUCUGUCUUGAUGAGGACAUCUGCUGGUUACGGCCGUGUAAUUUCAACGACGAAUGUUUUCAAGUGAACCAAACUGACGAACUACUGCUAAAGCGCAUGCGCAAAAUAAUAAACCGUUGUUCGCUGUUGUGAAUGCUUAGCUUUGUGUUUGUUCGUGGUGCUAAACUUAGAUGUAGGCCUACAUUUAUUUUCGUUAACUUAAACGGACCACAUGAUAAAUAAAUCAAUAAAUAAAUGAACAAAUCAACUAAAACUUUAUUUUAUACAUUUGCGGAUUCAGAAAUAUACUAGUAACCUGUAAUGUUGUGAAACCUAAUCCUAGAUAGAACAUAUAAACUGCGACUUGAUGCAUUUAUAAAUGUAAAAUCUUAUAAAAUAAUAAUACAUAAAAUAAUCAAAAGGUAAAAUACUAAAUAAAUGUUCUGUGCGAUGUAGUUCAAACAAGUAGUGCUGUUUCAUUAUGGAUUUUUGUUGUUGUUGAUGUAUUUCAUACCCAAUACAAUGUGAUUAUCAGUUCAAAAUUCUUUCAUUUACCAAAACUGCUCAAAGUAUUAAAUGAUAAAUCGAAUCAAAUGGUUCAUCUUCGUGUUCCAGCGGUCCAGGGUUUAAGAAGAUUGAAUAUAAUGGCCUUAAAUACAGUAAAACUGACACUUGCUUUCAAUUCUCAUGUGACAUUCACAGAUACAGUACAAAGCUUUAUUUCAUAUCCUGAGUCGAUUUUUAAAUCUAAAUGCUAAAAUUAAAAUGCAGAUCAAAAUAAAUGUAAUAUUUCUUUAUAAUACUGGAUGAUAGAUGGAUGUUUCUAAUGUUAUUUAGUGCAGCAAUGAUCCAAACAAGCUGUUUUUUUUUUUUGUUUUUUUUUUCGUCGUUCAUGUUAGAGAGCUCUUUUUUUAAUUGAGCAAUUGCGGUAUCUAAUUUCAGGCUUACUAUGAGUUUGCAUAUGAAAGUCACAAAGAAUUUUGUGAAAUGCUGUAACAUCUGUGUGGAGAAAUCAGGAAGUGUGCAAAAAGUUUAUAAUGAUUAAAGUAGCUUAUUUUAAAACUAUAUUUUAAAAUUGAGAGGAAAAAAUAUGCAGCAUUAUCAACAAUCUCAGAACAGAUUAAGGGGAGACAACUGAAUUUAAAUUUUCAAAGAAACUAUGGUAGUAACUUUCAGUUUUUAUGUCAUUAUCUCUUUAGUGGACCUUAUGGUUUCAGAUGAUGUAGUUUUUACAUUUUUAGCUCUUCCACAAGUCGUCUUGUUUAGCCAAGAUUUCCACCUGCUAUUAACAUAUGAUCAAAUUCAAGUUUGCACAUUAUUGAAACUCUUGGUUUUUAAUUUUUGGAAUAAUUGUGCAUUCAUUUCAGUUUUUGUUUUGUGAAAUUUACCAUUUUGUACAUCAAUAAAUGAAUGAAUAAAUGUUCUGCAUGAUCAAAAGUUUUUUUUGGGCCGUUUAUAUUUCCAGCUUUUUAAUCCGUUUUGUGUUUUACAUGGUGGUUUUGGCAUAUAAGAUAAAACUCAAUUGAAGUUUUGUAAUGGGACAGUUAGGCUUGUGACGGUAUUAAAUGCUCUUGUUGUGAUUAAUUCCUGAGGCUUUUAUCACAUACAGUAUUAUCACAAAUCAAAUUACAAUGUUUAUAAAGUUAUUAAAAGUCGAAUGCAGUAAAAUGCAGUUUCUCAACAAUGAGAAAAGGCCAGAUUUAUUACAGUUACAGUUAAAUCUGAAGUGUAUUAGUUAUUAACUACAUUUUAAUAAAACAAUUAUUUUAUUUAUUAUUUUCAUUAAAUUAAAUUAAUUUAAAUUCAUUAAAUUACUUUAAUUACUAAUUAAACUAAAUACUAACCAUUGGAGGUGUAUAAAAGAUCAGAUUAACGUUUGAAGAUGUUCAUGUUCAUGAUUGGGGUUGGAACUGAACUUUAAAGGACACCGGCACUCCAGGACCAAGUUUUUGCACCCCUGCCUUGAUCAUUUUAAGUUCUAUCCACUUAAAUUUGUCAAAAGCUAAUAAGUGAACUUCCUUCAUGUUGCCCAAAUACAAACCAAUUGUGUGGAGCAUUUAUUACAGUGAAAUGAAUUUAACUACCAUGAUUUCUCCUCAAUAUACCCUGCCAUUACUUUGAAGACGAGAUGCAAACAAGCCAUAUUGUGAAAUUGGGUGGAGAAAUUAAGAUUUCAAUGAGACAGUUGCACAACAAACACACACACACACAUACACACACACACUGAUCUUCUGCUUGAUCACGGUUUGGUUCCUCCACUGGAGUUACUCAGCAUUCACCUCUAAGGUCACUGAUGGUAUCUUCAACAGAGAUCAAUCUAUCAUUAUAUUUUAGUCUCGAACACGGACAGAUCAAUGUGAACACCAUGCAUGUGGACGUAUUGACACUGACUUCAGUCAUUCUUUGCUUUCCUUGCCUCGUAUUAUCUGACCCACUAUAUGUGCUGUCGGCUCCUAAUCUACUGGGAGUGGGUUCAUCUGCAAAAGUGUUAGUGGAGGCGCAGGAUUACACCGGUAAAAGCCUGGACGUAAAGAUCUCUGUAAAGAACCAUCCAAAGAAGAACCUGGACAUCCUGUCAAAAACAGUGACACUGACCGCGCAAAACAGUUUCCUGAUCCUCACAGAUAUAAAGAUCCGUGAUGAUCUGAACUUCUUCUCUGAUGACCCUCUGGAGAAGCAGUAUGUGUAUCUGCAAGCUAUUUUCCCGACUCACACUCUGGAGAAAGUGGUCUUGCUGUCGUUCCAGUCUGGAUAUUUGUUUGCACAGACUGACAAGCCCAUCUACACGCCUUCUAGCACGGUGAAUUACAGGAUCUUCUCUCUAACCCCGGAUCAUCUUCCGUUUGAUGGAGCUUCGAUCUCUGUCGAUAUCAUGAACCCUCAAGGCAUCACACUGGAAAGGGAUAAAUUCAUGCCAAGAGGAGGCAUCGGGACCGAAAACUUCGCCCUGACUGAACUCGCCAGUGCUGGGGUUUGGAAGUUGAUUGCCAGAUACACAAACACACCGCAGAAAAACUUCACCACUGAGUUUGAGGUUAAGGAGUACGUGCUGCCCAGCUUUGAAGUCAACUUGCGUCCAAGCAAACCUUUCUUCUAUGUGAACCAAGAAUCUCUGACUGUGGACAUAUCAGCCAAGUAUUUGUUUGGUAAUAAGGUGCGAGGAAGUGCAUUUGUGGUGUUUGGAUUGGUGGACGGUGAGAAGAAGAUCAGCAUGGCGGCUUCACUGCAGAGAGUUCAGAUCUAUGAUGGAGAAGGAGAAGCCGAGCUGACGAGUGAAAUGAUCAAGCAAACCUUCCCAGAAAUCCAGGAGCUGGUUGGGAAAUCCAUCUACAUUUUAGCCAGUGUUUUAACAGAGUCUGGCAGUGAAAUGGUGGAUGCGGAAAAGAAAGGCAUUCAGAUUGUGACGUCUCCAUACUCGAUCUAUUUCAAACGAACACCGCAAUUCUUCAAACCCGGGAUGUCCUUCGAUGUCUCGGUCUACGUAACAAAUCCUGAUGGGACACCUGCUGAAAAUGUGGAGGUGGAGGUCAAUCCUGGAGGGGUCAAAGGUCGGACAAAACCCAACGGCAUCACUAAAGUGACCAUCAACACAUUGGGAGGAUCUUCAACAUUGGAGAUCACUGCGAAUACCAAAGAUCCGCAGUUAAGCACUGACCAGCAGGCAGUGAAGAAGAUGACUGCUCGGGCCUACAAACCUAAAGGCGCCAACAAUUACCUGCACAUCGGCAUCGAUGCCGCAGAGCUCGAGAUCGGGGAUCAGAUGAAGGUCAACCUGAAUCUGGGAAAUGGUGCUGGAGUGGUGAACCAGGAUUUCACAUAUAUGAUCAUGAGUAAGGGUCAGAUUGUUCAAGCAAACCGGUUUAAGAGGCAAGGACAAGCUCUCGUCACUCUGUCUCUACCUGUGACCAAAGAAAUGGUGCCGUCCUUCCGCUUUGUGGCUUAUUACCAUGUGGGCUCGUCUGAGGUGGUGUCUGAUUCAGUCUGGGUCGAUGUGAAGGACACAUGCAUGGGAAAGCUCAAAGUGGAGGUGAAGGACCCGAUGCUGUUUGGCCCAGGAGAUCAGCUCAGCUUGAAGAUCACCGGAGAUCCUGGAGCUAAAGUUGGCCUGGUGGCGGUAGACAAGGGCGUAUAUGUCCUCAAUGACAAACACAGACUCACUCAGACUAAGAUCUGGGAUGUGGUUGAAAAGCACGACACCGGCUGCACCGCUGGUAGUGGACAGGACAGUAUGGGGGUUUUCAGAGAUGCUGGACUCCUGUUUGAGUCACACACUGCAGGAGGAACCAAAACGAGAACAGAAAAAGAGUGCCCCGCCGCGCCUAAGAGAAAAAGGAGAGCUGAGACUAUCCAUCAGGUCACCAGGACACUGGCUGGCGAGUACUCGGAUCACGAACUGAAGAAGUGCUGUGUUGACGGGAUGGUGGAGAACACACUUGGCUACACGUGUGAGCGACGAGCCACGUUCAUCAGUGACACUCAAGAGUGUAUCAAGGCGUUUGUGCGCUGCUGCAAGCUGAUCUCAGAACACCGGGUCAAAUACAAUGCUGAAAAAGAGCUCUUUCUGUCCCGCAGCGAGGACGAUGAUUUUGACGAGGACAUGGAUGAUCUGAUUGUACGCACACAGUUUCCGGAAAGCUGGCUCUGGGAAGAGAUCACUCUACCAGCCUGCCUGCCAAACCAGCAGUGCACUGAAACGUCUACUUUACGAACUGGAAUCUACCUGAAGGACUCCAUUACGACCUGGCAGAUCUCAGCCAUCGGCCUGUCCAAAACCCUUGGAAUAUGUGUGGCAAAUCCUUAUGACAUCGUGGUCAAGAAGGAUUUUUUCAUCGAUCUGAAGAUGCCUUAUUCAGUGGUGCGGAAUGAGCAAGUGGAAAUAAAGGCUAUUAUUCACAAUUACAGCAAUCAGAAGCUGCAGCAGGUAAAUGUUAGGUUUAAGACAUCGGAGGGCAUCUGCAGCAGCGCUGGCAAAAAAAAGACCGGCAGGCUGAGGGUUUCUGUCGACCUCAUGUCCUCCAGAGCCGUUCCUCUUAUUAUUAUUCCCAUGGAUGCGGAUGAGCAGUGGAUCGAAGUUGAAGCUUACAGCUCCAAUCGCAAAGACGCAAUAAGAAAGAGCCUGAAGGUGGUGCCUGAAGGAGUGCUAACUGAAGUCAAGGAGAGCAUUAUUGAGAUCAACCCUUCAAAACACCCAGAUGGCACGCAGAUCAUCGCAAUGAGGAGCGACAUUCCACGCCGAAAAGUUCCCAACACACCUGCUUCCACACUGAUCUCAGUGAUUGGUGAAGAGAUUACACGCACAGUCGAGCAGGCCAUCAGCGGACAUUUCAUGGGUGAACUCAUUGUCCUUCCUCACGGAUGUGGAGAGCAGAACAUGAUCUUAAUGACUUUACCAGUCAUUGCCACUCAUUAUCUGGACAACACCAAACAGUGGGAGUCUGUGGGCAUCGACCGCCGAAAUGAAGCCAUUGGCCACAUCAAAACCGGUUAUCAGCAGCAGCUGGUCUACCGUAAUCCUGAGGGAUCAUAUGCUGUCUGGGCCAAUCAACCAGGAUCAACAUGGCUGACGGCGUAUGCGGCGAAGGUGUUUGCGAUGGCCUAUGACCUGAUCACCAUUGAGGAGAAAGUGAUCUGCGACGGCCUCAGGUGGUUGGCCACACAGAAACAGCGGGCAGACGGCACAUUUAAAGAAGAUGUCCCCGUAUACCACAGCGAGAUGAUCGGUAAUGUGCGAGGGAAGGAUGCGGACGCCUCUCUGACUGCGUUCGUCCUGAUCGCCAUGCAGGAAGGAAGUCAGAUCUGUGCUCAAUAUGUUCAAAAUCUUCGGAGCAGUAUGAAUAAAGCUGUGGGUUACCUGACGCUCAGAAUUCACACUCUCACCAGCCCUUAUGCUGUCGCGAUCAGCUCCUAUGCUUUGGCUCAUGCUGGAAAACUGAAUAAAGUCAUUCUGAGGAGCCACUCCACUGAAAGCAAAGAUGGUGUGUAUUGGCAAGUUCCCGGGUCGCAGCAUCACUCUCUGGAGGCCACGGGUUACGCAGCGCUUGCGCUGGUGGCAGCUAAGGAUUUCGAGAGCGCCGGGCAGGUGGUGCGCUGGCUGGGAAAGCAACAAACACGCUAUGGAGGCUAUGGCACUACUCAGGCCACCAUCAUUGUCUUCCAAGCCGUGGCUGAGUAUCGCAUUCAGGUCAAGAAGGAAGACAUUUUUCUGAACCUAGACCUCGCUGUGCAGGAGAGAUCAGAGAAAACCAAGAUCUCCAUAAGGCAGUCUAAUCUGCCAGUUGCACGCACAGACAAGUUUGACAUCACGAAGAGCUUCAACAUCACAGCUCAGGGAUCUGGGGUGGCCAUGCUGUCGGUCUUUUCUGUGUAUUAUGCUCUGCCUGAAGAGAACGAAAACGACUGUACUGCAUUUGACCUCAGCGUGCAGAUGGAGAAAGAGCCUGGCGGAGUCCCUGAAACUUACAAGCUCACCAUUGAGUAUAUUUUCAAGGACCAAAAAAGAAGCUCAACUAUGACAAUUUUAGACAUCAGCCUGCUGACGGGGUUUAAAGUGGAUGAACGUGACCUUGUAAAGUUAUCCACUGGUAAGGACCGCUACAUUCAGAGCUUUGAGCUGAACAAGGAGCUGUCAGAGCGAGGAUCUCUUAUCAUCUACAUUGAUCGGGUUUCUAAUAAAGAGAAGGAAAGGCUUGUCUUCAGGAUGCAGAAGAUUAAUGAAGUGGGAAUGUUGCAGCCGGUCGGCAUCACUAUAUAUGAAUACAACACUCCAGAUAAGCGCUGUGUGAAGUUCUACCAUCCUUUUAAGACAGGAGGUGCGCUGAACAGACUGUGCAGUGAUGAGCUGUGCCAGUGUGCUGAAGAGAAGUGCAGUUUGCAAAGGAAUGAACACAUUGACGAAGACCUGCGGGAUGAAAAAGCCUGUGAAAAUCAAGUGGAGUACGUCUAUAAAACCAGGGUGGUGGACACGAGCUUCUCUCUGCACGCAGACAUUUAUAGCAUGAACAUAGAGCAUGUGCUGAAGGAAGGCACCGAUCACGAUGCGUUUGGGAAAAUCAGGUCGUUCUUGGCUCAUCCAAACUGCAGAGAGUUCCUGAAAUUUGAAAAGGGCAAGACGUACCUGAUCAUGGGCCAGACCAAAACCCUUCCCAGGAUUGGCGGAAAGCUGCGGUACCACUUGGGUGAAGACACUUGGAUUGAAUACUGGCCGACAGAUACAGAGGGCCAGACGCCAAAGUAUAGGAAAAAGUAUAUCGGCAUUUCCUCACUCGCCAACAAGCUUGAAAGAGUUGGCUGCUCCACAUAAACCUGUUUCUGAGCUGAAAUGACUUUGUUAAUCUAUAACCGCAUUACAGCCAUUUCUUUGCUUUUACUUCUAAUGUAUUUCUGGCUUUGUUAGCAAUUAUUGGCAAUAAGUACAUUCAGUUUGCACAGUUAAAUUGGUUUCAUCCUUUUAUUAUGUUCCAGAAGCCAUGUUAGAUUUUGAGUUGUUGGAAAUAUUGGUUAUUUAAAUGUAGGGUCGUGAAUAAGCAUAAAACAAUUUGGAUGCUCUGUUUUGUAAAACAGGCAUGCUGAAUGUCCAUAAAGUUUGUGAUGUUCAAUUUGGCCAGCUAACUUUAUGUUUGAAGGCAUAUAAUCAAUUUAAUUUAAGUACAGUGUAGUUUACAUCAGUUUAACACAAACAGUCAUUAGUGUGUUUUCAUUUACACUUAUGCAUUUGGCAGAUGCUUUUAUCCGAAGUAAUUUCAAGUGUGGUGAUGGCAUACUCUUUCACAUCAGAAAUAUGACCCACAACAUUAGUAUCAAACCUAAAUUUUGGACAUAACAAGGGUUAACCUAGUACCUGUCAACUAAAAUGUAAUCAUGUGAAACCACUAGUCAAAUAAAAGUUGCAAC